ACAACAAAAACAAGAGAGAUGAAAUGCUGAUAUCACACAUUAACCCAACGGUCAUCAGAGGAGAGAUGGAUGAGGAAGUGACUCUUCAUUAUCACAGGAAGUAGAUGCUGAGUUCUUGUUAAAGAAGCAGCCGGUUAGAGACUCUGACAGUCGAGAGCCAGAGACCGAGAGAGAAGCACGAUGUCUGAAUUCAGAAGGAACAUGAUGUCUUCAUUCCUGAUGCUGCUGCUCCACUUUCCAGCUGCAGAUGUGAAAGGUUACUACCCCUUUGUCAGAGCUGGAGAUGAAGUCACUUUGCCUUUUGACAAUGUGAUAGAUGAUCAGGAUAAGUGUGAGAGUACUACCUGGUACUUCAGUGAUUCAAGAGGUUCAGCAACAGUGUGGCUGUUUGAAGACGGGCAGAUUAUAGAAGAAGCCAAAGCUAAAUCAGACAGACUGAGAGUUACAGAGAAAUGUUCUCUGGUUAUAAAGAAGGUCACAGAGGAGGAUGCUGGUAGUUACAUUUGCAGACAGUUCAGAUCAGAACAACAACAACGUUUAUACUCUUGGGUUUUUCUGUCUGUUGUUACCAUGACUGAACAUCAGGACAAUGAUGAGGUGACGUUACGCUGCUCUGUGGUGCCAUAUGGAGGGUGUACACACACAGUGAAGUGGCUGCUUCAAGAUCAAGAUGUGGUUAAAGAUCACAGAGAUAUAAAGACAUCAAAGUCUUCCUGCUCUGCCUCUGUGACAUUUCUGACUUCUCAUUUUAGUAACACAACAAGGUUUGAGUUGUUUACCUGUGCAGUAACUGAUGGUGCCAAAGUGCAGACCUUCAGCCUUCAGUCCUCAGGUGAGGACAAAAAUCCAGCAACAACAACACCAACAACACCAACAACACAAACAGAACAAGAGGACAACAAUAAAGGUCGCUUGAGGCUCAUCAUCGUGUCUGUGGGUUUAGCAGCUCUCAUCAUCACCGUGGUUACAGUCAACAUGUGGACAAGAACUAAAGGGAGCAAAGCACAGACGGAGGAAAACAUGGAGCAGAUUGAUGAAGAUGAAGAUGAGGUGAACUAUGAAAACGAUGGAGGGCCUUCUGCCUCUGUGUGA